AUGUACAGCCGACUUAGAGCCUUGUAUUCGGCAAAUUGGGGCAUGGGCCAAUCUGCCGCCAACACCAUAUAUAAGGGCGUGUUCCUGCCCAGAAUCGCGUAUGCAGCGGAGAUUUGGGCUGAGGGAUCGAAACUACGCAAGAGCCGGGCGAAACUCCUUAGCGCUCAAAGGAAACCAUUGUUGGCGAUAACCGGUGCAUACAGAACUGCCUCGACGAAUUGCUUGUCAGCAGUUGCAGGAACUCUCCCGCUUGACCUGGAGAUUAGGCACCAAGCGGCAUUGAGAAACCGGGCCCGAGAGAGAAUAUCAGCCGACGAAAUGGACACGAUAACAUACGAGCUGUUAAAUGAGUGGCAGGAUAGAUACACGAGCACAAACAAAGGUAGUUGGACGCAGAAAAUGAUACCGUCCGUAAGACAGCGGUACCAUCUACCUCUGGACCUUGACCACUACACCACUCAGUUCCUCACCGGUCAUGGGGACUUUAAAGCCAAACUCUAUGGUUUCAAACUGGUAAACGACCCGAUCUGUGCAUGUGACCGCAAACCGGAGACAGUGAACCACGUCCUCAGGUUUUGCCCAAGAACUGCAUCAGCGAGACGAAAAUUGAAAAUAACAAUGAGAGAAGAAGGAGAAGCGUGGCCUCCAGAAAACGGAGCCUUCCUCAAGUCUCGCAGAACAUUCCAAGCCCUUAAGUCCUUCGCGAGAGAAGCACUCACGAACAGGAUCGACGGAUAA